ACCCAGUCUUUCGGCUUUAUAUAGAUCUUCCCAAGGGCACUUUGCCACCGUGCGCUCUUAGUGUCACUCGGGGUAUUUGCUCAAGCGCUCUCACCACUCGGCGACCCAUCUUGCUACUUCGGAAACAGAACAUGGCUCAGACACUGUCAAGCAGAGGCUACACCAGCUACUCCUCCAGGUCACUCUCCGGGGGGUACAACCCACGCAUGUCCGCGGCGCGGGCGCCCAGCGUCUACGCCGGGGCUGGUGGCAGCGGUGCCAGGAUCUCCUAUAGCUCCGCGUCCUCCCUGUCCAGCGCCGCCGGGGGCGGCUACGGCGGCCGUUUCUCGCUGUCCAGCGCCCCCGGGGGCGGCGGCGGCGGCUUCUCCCUGUCCAGCGCCCUCGGGGGCGGCGGAGAAGUGUCUCUGAACGACAAGGCCACCAUGCAGAACCUGAACGACCGCCUGGCCACCUACCUGGAGAAGGUGCGCUCGCUGGAGGCCGCCAACGGCGAGCUGGAGCGGAAGAUCCGGGAGUGGUACGAGAAGAAAGCGCCGGUCGCCCGGGACUACAGCGCCUACGAGAAGACCAUCGCCGACCUGCGCCAAAAGAUCCACUUUGCCACCAUGGACAACGCCAGGACCAUCCUGCAGAUCGACAACGCCAAGCUGGCCGCGGACGACUUCAAAGUCAAGUAUGAGAACGAGCUGUCCAUGCGCCAGUCCGUGGAGGCCGACAUCGCCGGGCUGAGGAGGGUGCUGGACGAGCUGACGCUGGCCAGAGCCGACCUGGAGCUGCAGAUCGAGGGCCUGAAGGAGGAGCUGGUGUUCCUCAGGAAGAACCACGAGGAGGAGCUGGCGGCUGUGCGCGCCCAGAUGUCCUCAGGCUCUGUGAACGUGGAGGUGGACGCGGCGCCCCAGCAGGACCUGACCAGGGUGCUGGAGGAGAUCCGGGCGCAGUACGAGGGCAUCGCCGAGAAGAACCGCCGGGACAUGGAGGGCUGGUACAAGGACAAGUUUGACGAGCUCAACAAGCAGGUCAGCACCAGCACGGAGGCCAUCCAGACCAGCCGGAGCGAGAUCAACGAGCUGAAGAGGACCCUGCAGGGGCUGGAGAUCGAGCUGCAGACCCAGCUCAGCAUGAAAGCCGCGCUGGAGGGCACCCUGUCGGACACGGAUGGCCGCUACAGCAGGCAGCUGACCCAGCUGCAGGGCGCCAUCAACAUGCUGGAGACGGAGCUGGGCCGGGUGCGCGCGGACACCGAGCGGCAGUCCAGCGAGUACCAGAUGCUGCUGGACAUCAAGACCCGGCUGGAGAUGGAGAUCGCCGAGUACCGCCGCCUGCUGGACGGGGAGGACGUGGGGAGAGGGUCUGUGAAAACGACAAAGGUGGAAGUCGUGAAACAAGAGCUGCCCAAGCCGCCCAAGCCAGAGCCCGUGGUGACCAGGAAGGUGAGGACGGUGAUCGAGGAGGUGGUGGACGGGAAGGUGGUGUCGCGCACGGAGGACGUGGAGGUGCUGAAGAAGUAGGGCCCCUGUUGCCAUGACUCCCGGGGAGCCGGCAGGAGAGAGGGAAGGGCGCGGAUCUCCCAGAACCGGCGGCGCGCACCCUGACCUGUGACAUCAUUCAGCACCCCUGUUUUUCUCUGCUCCUGCUUGUCCUCUCCCGUAAAAAAGAAAGAAAUAAAAAAGGAGUCGCGCAGUUCAA